UUGCUUUUGGCCAGUGGCGCUAAUUCUGGGUAUUUCUCCGUGCUUGUCCCUGCAUCCGCAACAAAGAAUUCACCAUCUGCUACUGCCUGAAGUUUGCUGCGAUCAGUGAGGUUAGUUUGCGUGCUGAAAUCCGGAUUGUACCCGGCGAUCUUUCGCAAGCGGCCACCCCUCGGUGUAUGUUCCGUUGCGGGGGAGCUUUCUAGGAGCCCUGCCAUAGUUUUGCGGCGCGAACUUGAUCCCCCGGUAGCGUCAGUAGCAUCGUUGCACGAUGGCAAAAGUACACAUUACCAACGUGGUGGUGCUGGACAAUCCGAGCAGUUUCCUCAACCCGUUCCAGUUUGAGCUGACGUUCGAGUGUAUCGAAGAACUGAAGGAGGAUCUCGAGUGGAAAAUGAUCUACGUCGGUUCAGCCGAAUCGGAAGCGUUCGAUCAGGUUCUGGACACGAUCUAUGUGGGACCGAUCCCGGAAGGGCGGCAUCAGUUUCUGUUUUCGGCCGAUCCGCCCAACGUUAGCCGCAUCCCGGAGCAGGACGCCGUCGGUGUGACGGUGGUGCUUCUGACCUGCUCGUACCGUGGUCAGGAGUUCGUGCGCGUCGGCUACUUCAUCAACAACGAGUACUCGGAUCCGGAAAUGCGAGAAAACCCUCCGCCGAAGCCACUGUUUCACAAAAUGACGCGCAACAUUCUGGCCACAAAGCCACGCGUCACGCGCUUCAAGAUCAACUGGGACGAUGCACCGGCGAAUGGAGUGGCCGGUCCCUCGAACGGACUGGAUGGCGAGCCAGCGACCGACGAUCUGGCCGCGAACGGGUGUCACAACGACGAGGAGCAAAUGGACGCCGGCUCGGACAGUGGCUCGUCGCAGCAUCAUCCUCUGCACCAUCAUCCGCCAGAACACGACGAAAACAGCAUCGCACUGCCGCCCACAGAAAUGCCCGAGUUUAACGAAAACUCCAACUCGCUGGCGAUGGAAUGCUGAACGCUGCUGCUCUCAGUGUGCCGGAAGUGGCGAGUCAAUUUUGUCUUAGGCGCGCAACACAUGUUUGCUGAUGGAAGUUAGCGUUUACCGACAAGUAAUAUUAGUUGUUUCCCUUCAGCGGUAUGUAGCUAGAGAGAAAAGUGCGGUUUGAGUUCAUCAUAUUUAUCAGUUUUGUCGAGGGAAAACCUUUCAAAAAUGUCACUUCAUGUAAAAUCUUCUUUGAUUUUCGUUCGACUUCAAAUAGUAUCCUUUCUGUCAUAGUUUGUUUAUUUUUUGUACGGGAAAUGGAAGAAUACCCUAAACCGGCUUCAGGCGGUAUUAUUCCGCCAUUGCACUGUUCGAUGAUACUUCCCAGUGAACUGAAAAUGUAUAAAAGAACUCAUCCCCAACGGGGUAACCGCACAUUGGGAAAAUUCGUAUUUUCACCACAUCAAAAAUAAAAGCGGUUUGUAAAUAGGAAGUCCAAGAGGAAGACAUGUGAAAAUAUAAGCUCAACAUUACCGCCGAAGGA